UUGAAAAAGGCAAUUUAUUUAGUAGCCAGCCCAACGCCCUUGCCAUACACAGAGGGGGUUGUGCUUGGCGUGGAAGUUCACUUUGAAAAUAAGGACAGUGGAUUUUUUCUAAAGCAUACGGCAAGAUGGAAUGGGGCGGGGCCACCUCCAGAACCGAUGGGUACAGCCCUACCUGGAGCCCUUCUCUCUCUUGAUCGGUUUACCGUUCUGCAAGGCUCUGCUCCAGCCUCAGUUCGAGCAACCUACGGACCAUUUUCUACGAAACAAACUGUCCCAGCACGAUAUGCCGUUCCCGAUCCCCUGGAACCUCCCAGAAGAAACGCAACAUUAGUGGAAUUACAAGACGCAACAGCACAUAGGUUAGAUGUAUCAGCCCACCUAGUUUUCCGUGAACUACCAAAAGAUGCACCAGUAUUGAGGGUUCUAUUUCAUACUGGAGGUGAAGGCGGCGCUCGCCGUGCAGCUGCUCGGCCUAGACGUGUUUGUAUUACAUUACAUGCUACUAUUGGGACAAAAACCCUUACCGCAACUUGUGGACCUGAAGGCGAAGAAGGGGCCUGCUUGGCAGAACUGACAGUUCCUGCUGCUUGGUGGCCCGCUGAUGGCAAAGGGAAAAGACCACCUAAAACAAUGAAAUUGGCUUAUAGCGCCGCUGAAGCGAGUAGUGGUGAAACGGGUGAGGGUGUUUGCGGAAAGGUUUCAGUUCAACCAGCUUGGCCGCUAGGCUCAGUAACCCUAGCGGGUGCUCGAGCUGGUUACAGAGAAGCUCGCGCUGGUGAUUGUGCACUCCUACUUCCAAGAGCUCCAUUAUAUCCCCAUUUUCGACUUCAUUUACCAUUUGUCGUUCGUCGUGAUGCCAGUCAUACAAUUGGACAUGUCGUAAUAAGAAUGAAAGUGAAAUCGGGCUUGAGAUUGGUGAGUGUGACAGCUUCGAAUUCUCACUGGGCGGUUACAGCUGAAGUAAAACCUCGAGCUGCUACAGUCACUGCUACUCGACUUGAGCAACCACUGCGUGAUGAUGACAAUCUUGAUACCGAUAUUGAAGAGAGUACUGGUGCUGGCGGUCCAGGCUGGGAAGAGAUUCUCACUUGGCUGGUGGAGGUUGGGGCCGAAGGAGAGGGUGAUGCCGAAGGUUCAGAAGGUGAAUCGGGCAGAGGAAUGGCUCGAAUCAGCUGGUCUGCUAAAGUAUCUUCAUCUAGCAGCGUCACUUCCACAACAGAAGAAACUCCUCACGAACACCGCGUUAAUACUAGACUCGACAUCGAAAAAGAUGAUAUUCAAGCUGUUCUACCCAUAUCCAAGAACUGGGAGGUAUUAAAUACAGCAGUGCUGACUGGAAGACAGGUUUCCCAGGCGAUGAAAGUGUUGAUAGUCUCUCAGGCGGGCCAAGUCGCUGACGUCACACUCCAAAGCUCCUGCCAUUCGGAGGACGAGAGCGUACUUAAGGUUUCAUCGUCAUGCAGUUCAGUGUAUGUGGACGGAUCCGAAAUUCGGGGCUCUUCAAAUGCUUCCAUAAUAGUCAAGUAUGGAACCUACACUGGUCUGGCCCGUUUCACUGUAUGGAUGCCGGAAUAUCCUCUUGAAAUCGACGUUGACGAUAAUCGCCUGUCACAAGUCAAAGGCUGGAAAGUAUCAGACGAGGCAAAUGCUAAAGACAGAUUACGAAGGUCUUUGUCGUCACGAGGGUGGGGAGGCUCUAGACCCGACGCCCCCAACUCACUGACGGAUCAGCGCUCCUGCAGACUCAGAUACCAACAAAGCAAUGUCGAGGUGUACGCUCGCUUCCUGGCUAAGGAUCACGAUUCCGGUCGCGUUUCCUACUUUGUUUCUCGUCGUACGUGGCUCAAAGUGACCGAGCUGGUUCUGUCUUUGAUGCGUGUAUCCGACCCUCGUAUAGCAUCACUCAGGGACCGCGUACUUCAAGGACGUAGUACAGGAAGAACCGAGGUUCAAGUGCUGUCGCCUAUUACUGGACGAGUGAUCGGUCUCCGUGAAGUCCGUGUAGUGAACGACAAAGUGUCGAUAUCUCGUCUCUUAGUACGUGUUAUAUCCGGUCUGCAGUUGAACAUCUCGCCAGACACGGCCAUUGAAAAUGGAUACGUAUCAGAAACGACGGUCACGAGGCGUCUUACUGCGCAAUAUCAGGAGGGUUUGUUGGAUAUAGACAUAGAAUUCUCUGAUGGCAGCCACACCGCCCUCCGUGAUGUCUCCGUUUCCGAUUAUUAUCUUUUGGUGGAGAGUUUGGACAGCGAAGUCGUGGCUUUCGCUCCAAUGUUGGCAUCACGACAUCCAAGAGUUAUCGCGGUUGGUGAAGGUAGUGGAGAACUACUCCGUGUAACUCUCCUAACUCCAGAGCAGUGUCGUUCAGGACCUUUACGUCGGGUCGCCCUCCCUGGGAAAGGAGAUACAAAGACGCCAGCCAACAUCAAGAACAUACCGGGAGCUCUGGCGAGUGCCGCUGCUGCUGUUGAUGUGGACUUCAGCGGUGGUGACGCAUCUCAACGACCUGAUACACCACAGAAUGAUGAUAUCAUGGCCAGGGGCGGGCUACGGACGGGAAUGUCAGACUUGAGCGAUGUUCUUAAAGGUUUUUCUCCAUUCAAAGAUGAGAAUAACCACGAACCAACAGUGCAGGCGCAGCAGUACGGGUCUAUAUUCAGAAUUGAGAUAGGAAUGUUCGUUCUUCUUGGUGCAUUUUGCUUUGCUAUAGUAGUGUUCGUAGUAUCUUGUGUCGUAUAUGCAUAUCGGCUGAAACCUGCUCCGGAAGCUGGUGCAGGUACCAAGAUGGGAGGAAGCCCGUUAAAUGGUGGGGGGAAUGUACGCCCAGCCGUUACUACCGCGCUCGGUCUAGCGAGGGAAAAACCUCCUAGAGAAUCCACGACUAAUGCUCACGAUUGGGUUUGGCUCGGCCGAGCGACCAUAGAGAGGAACGGAAACCGACAUCCAGCUCGUAAUUCAACCCAGCAGGAGAAAUCCAACAGCCAGGAGAUGAGGAUCACGUCCAAUCCCCUGAACUACAACUACUUGGAUCCCGAAGACGCUAUUCGUGAGAACGGAAAUGUCAUGGUCACCAGCUUCGACAACCCUAACUCCAUCGAACUGCCAUCGCAAAGUGAGAAACGCGAUAGGGUCAUCGACUCUACCACGUACUGCAAGAAGCCAGCUAGACACAAUCGUCAAAACUCAGGAGACGGUCAUUGGCAAAUGGAUACAGGAAACGAAGACGACUACCGACCCCCCGUUCCUCCCCAUAGGAACUCUUCAACGCCACAACCUCAAGUCCCUGUGCCACAUCGAAAUCCCAGCAAAAUUUUACCAGAGACCGUUAUGCCUCCUACUCGACGAAACCACUCACGGAAUCAUCACAAAAAACAUGACCGCGAGCACGACAUCAAACGAUCUCCGGAAAAUGGCAAUCGCUCCGAACGAGUUAUUGAUUUAAGCAAGAUGGACGUUCCUUACAUGUCAAGCCGAGAAAUGAUGGAUCAAUAUAAACGCGACUCUUACCCCAACCUUCAAUUACGAAAUGACUUUGACGAUAACCCCGUGGAAAAACUCACCAACAAGGACGACUGUGCGCGUCUCUUCGAAUUUGAUAACGACGCUCCGCUCAUUAUGGAAAACAAGGACUUUAGAGAGAUCGUUGGUCUCAACAGAGGCACGGACGACUCAAGACGCACUUUUGCUAAACCUGAAAGCCCUGAUUACAUGCACGACUCGGGAAUAGGUGGCAAUUCCCCUGAAGUGAAGCGUGCAACAAUUGUCGGUAACCCGAUGUACUCUCGCGACUCUGGCCGCGACCAGGAGCCGCUCGCCCUCGACGACCUCCACAUGGACUACGAUCAGAUCAUGCACUAUUUCCACAACCUCAAGCAUAUCACCAAAGCUACAAUCGACGUAUUCAAUGCAGCCUCUGAUUCAGUGGAGGCCGGACUUGAGGAUAGCACCAUCGACAAACACAACUCGAAAUCUGACUGCGAUGCGCAUAUUUACGAAAACGUUAAUACAACCGUCGCACCCACGCAGAUGCUAUGUGACUCGAUUGCCCACAAAAACAAUUUCAUGAAAGUACAAUUGAAAUUCUUGUUGGAGCAUUUGAGUGAAUCUUACGAGUAA